UUCCUUUGUUCUUCUCGUAUCUUUCAUGUCAAAUAAUCUUUGACCCCCAAAAUGCUGUUCUCAUGUUAACAAAUCACUCCUUAUCUUCUUACUUGUGUUCUCAGUUUCACUCGUCCUUGAGUCCAUAUGUCUGUUUUUCUGUGUUUUCACAAAUCUAUCUACACAUCCUUUAAUUACUUGAGUUACAGGAUGUCUUAUCUCAUCAGAAGAAACUAUAUAUUCUGCUUGUGCCCAUUUAUUGCCUACAAACUAUAAAAUACAAUUGAUGUCUGGAAUAUAUCAACUACAUAUUUCCCGUGUUAAGGCCUAAUUUAGUGGCAGUGAGGCAAACAUCCUUUCGGGAUGUAGCUUAUGCAGCAGUUAGUUAGGCAAAUUUCAGUGUUCUCGUUUUGCGAAAGCCAAUACCCAUUCCACAGUCUGUUGGAUUCUUCUGAGUAUAAAAGUGCUAAGAAGCAGGGUAUGUAUUGCCUUUGUCUGUGUAUACAUCUAUGUAUGGUGAGAGUUGACAAACUCCUAAGUUUUCCAAAGUUGUUGAAAAGUGGGUGACUGGAUGAUUUACGUCACAAUGUACUGAGAUUAGAUGGUUCUGGAAAACUGUAUAGGAAAACAGUCUGCACUGUGACUGGGGGAAAAACUUGUCUGAAUCGGCAUCCAAGCUUAAACACCAGUCUUUUUACCUUUUGUAUAGAACUGUACCUAGAAUACUGUGACUGUGUGACAGUAAUACUGCUAUGAAAUAGUUAUAUUUGGGUGAGAUGAUCCUACUGAAGCAUAUCUGCCAGGCAAAAGACUACAUAAAUCACAGGAAAGGGCCAGAAAAAGAGAUUAAAUUAUAAAGCAUUUCUGUUCAUGAAAAUUUCUUUUAAAGUCACGGCUCAGGUGAGGGGACAGCUCUGUACAUCGGGAACAAAUUAACUUCUCUUCAAGGAAAGGAUUUAUUAGAUGGUGUAGCACUUCCCAUUAGGGAAAAAAAACAGAACGUGGCUGAGACUUACGUGGAGUCUCACAGCCUAAGGGCUGAGUAAACCCUGCUGGUAUCCUUAUUGUGGCUGGAAAGGUUACUAUCCCCAAGCCCAGCCCUGGGGCUUGUCACAGCUCUCCUUGUUAGAAGCAAUCCAUUAGAUAGCAGGGUUCUGUUGUUUAAGCUGUCAAUAGAGGAAAGGCAUUAGGGAGCACUCAUGUAAGUGCUCAGCCAUCACCUGUGGGACUAGCAGUAAUCACAACCAAGGGUAAGGACUCACAGGAAUUAUUUUAGUUAUUGAAUUAUUUUAUUUAUUAAAUUAUUUUAGUUGGCCCAGGUUCAGCCAGAUGGGAUUGUGUAGUGGGAUGUUCAGUGCUAAACCUCUUGUGUAUCUAAACGAGGAAGGGAUUCGGGUUAGUACUUUGAGUGUUUCUGAUCACCAGGAAAUAAACCGUGGCAGAAAAAUAAGAAUUCUCCAAGCAUGUCUGUAAAAUACAACAUUCUGUAGAAGCCCAUUACCUGUUAAUUUUUUUUGUUAGCGUGUUUGGCUUAGAAGGCCAAAAGGCUAUUUUUCAAAUGCAUAGGAAUUCAUCCUGUGACCUAAAACUCUCCAACUUUUUCCAUCACUAGUAAUGAUGAAUUCUAAUUACAUCUUGGUUGAUAACUUUAUUGAGGAACGGCUGACUAGAACCCAUUCCUGUCCUAAAUAGGCGUUUUGGCUCUGAAGGUAUGACAGAAAUAGAAAAGAGAGUUUUGUCAGUGAAAUACAACACAGUGUAUUUUCAGUGCUUUCUUAACUGUGAGAGGCUUCCCAUCUCUCCUCUCCCGCGCCCCGCUACUGCUUUAUAUCUUCACGUGUACCUUGGUACUUGGUUUGCAAAGCUGAGCUGCAGAGGACAAAGUAGGAUCCUCUAUUCUUGAUAAAUAUUGCCAAAUCACCCCCCCAUAAGUACCGUGUGUUUUCCUCAAGAUGCAGAAUAGCAAAGGGAGCUUAUUGUACAUCACUUCUCAAAACUGUUUAUAUAAAUGGAGUAUCUUUAAUACAACUCUUUACAGGGAUGCCAAGGCUUUAUUCUGUUUUCAUUGUGCUUUAGGCAACUUAAAUUUACCCUUGAAGUCAUGUAUAUAUGGACAGAUCAGCAUAUUAAGGCUCAGGAGAAUAUGAAUAUGUAGGUAAGCGUAGCAGCAUCUAAUAGCUAAGCUACUCCUGUACCCUUACAAGUGUUAUUAGAUACUAAAGCUUUUUGGUUGAGCAAACAAGUCUUCUGCCUACCAUGGACACUAAGGUUAUGAUUUUUGUGUCCUACAUGGCAUUGUGUUGCUAUUAAACCAGUGUUGCAAAUAGCAUGUAGAGCUCAUGGAAGCAAACAAGUGGCUUAAACCAAGAUACUACUUCCUAAAUGCUUUUUGAAUAGCUUUCCUCACACUUCAGUUUGUUCAUUGUUAGAUACUAAACCAGUUGGUGUUUAGAAAAAAACACAACAGUAGUGAGGAUUGCUUAUUAGCUGCUUUUCAUUCUGCAAUUUAAGAAAAGAGAUAUUUUAAGUUAACUUGCCAUAGGCUUUCUUCUUUAGGUACAAAACUACAUUUAAUAUAACAUGAAUAAAAAUAAAAAUGGGAUUAGUUUAAAAUUGAUCUUUUUUUCCAGUUGAACUCCUAAUGGGAAGUGGAGAAGGUUCUUCAUGCAUGUGUCUUUCAGUCUGUAUUUGCUUUGGAAAAAUUCAGGGAGUUGUGGAUCACAAAGAUUGAAGGGCGCCAAGAGUGUUUUGGAACAUUUUUUUCUUGGAUAAGAGUUACCGAAGAGCAAAUACAAUUAAAAAGUCAGCAACUGAACUUGAAGACUGUAGGCUAUCAAUAUAUAGCAUCAGUGCAUCUCUCCUGCAUGAUCUUUCAACUUCACUGAUAUUCAAGAUUUAAUUCCUUAAUGAUACUAGUAACACUGUGGUGACAAAUACAGAAUUCUCAUGUUGUGAGAAUAAUUGUGAAUAACAUGGCAUUUCUAUAGUAUUUCUUAAGCAUUGCAUAGCCGUUGACUGUGUCAGUCAGUCCUUGCUCUGUAUAAGUAAGUAUAUUCCCAGUUUGGGAAAUCAAAAGGCUAAAUGGGGAGCCCAUAUUGGAAAGAGUGCCCCAGCCUUCCAGACUCACUAAUUCUUCAUUUCUUUCUAGGAAGAGCUCAGUAAUGCAAAUUUUCUGCAUUUUGUAUGGAUUUUUGCUUUAUUGUUAUUAUUAUGAAAGCAUUUUUUAACCUUACCUAUCUGCAUUGUAUAGGAGGAAUGCAAAUCUGAAUUGUGCUCAACAUUUUUAUAAAUGUAGAAAAAAGCUGCACCGUGUGAGACAAAUUAGUCUAUUAAAUUACGUAUGUGGAGUUGGAAUAGAGUGAAUCCGUAAUCCAUCAGGAGAGGCAUUUUCAUGAUAGAAAGAUAGCUAAAUGCAGAAGUAGUGUCUCAUGUAAUUCUUUUGGCAAUUAUCUGUUUCUGUAUUGAUAAAAUAAGUUCUGUUUCUACUUUAGUACUAAAUAUCGUGUCCAAGUAAUUUUAGGAAAUGCUACCUUUAAAUACAUGCCCCAUCACCAACUGGGGGAGAAACUGCAAAUUUGCAAGCUGCUUUUAACUUUUCCCACAGAUGUUUUGAUAUAUGGUGCAAUAAUCUAUAAAUGAAUGCUAAAGUUAAUUGUAAAGGGAGACUAAGCAAGGAGAUCAGUGGAACUAUAUAUGAAACUAAAAUGCUUUUAAACAGGACACAGUUAUUUAAAGCACCAAUGUAGGUAGAUUUAAGGUUUAGAAACAAUAUGCACGUAGUCAUUCAGGAAUUUAAAAAAACCACACUCAGUUCAAACUCUGCUAAGAGUCUCAGUUACAGUCCAUAUUUAAUAAUAAAUUUAAAUUCCUGGCAUGAUUUGUUGCUCAAGCUCCCCCCGCCCUGCCUGUUUUUUUUGCUCUAGAUUUAUGGCAUACACCAUGGUGGAUCUGUGCUGGAAGCUGUCCGUCUGCUUUUUGUGCUAUCAAGUUGUCUUGGGAAGAGUUAAGAAGGAGGGGCAUUAUGUUGCUGCUGUGUAUGAACACGAGUCUAUACUGAGUCCUAACCCGACAGUCCUGGUUGAUCGACAGUCUGCGCUGGAACUCAUGGGCAGAAACCUAGACAUCUAUGAAGAGCAAGUAGUUGCUGCUGCAAGAGAGGGGGCACAGAUCAUUGUUUUUCCUGAAGAUGGAAUCCAUGGCUUCAACUUCACCAGAAGCUCCAUUUAUCCUUACUUAGAUUUCAUUCUGCAUUCACGCUCUGUGAAGUGGAAUCCCUGCAGAGAGCCGUAUUUGUUCAAUGACACAGAGGUUCUUCAGCGUCUGAGCUGCAUGGCACUGAAGAACAAAAUAUUCCUUGUGGCAAACUUAGGAACUAAGCAACCCUGUGAGUACACUGAUCCUCACUGUCCAACUGAUGGAAGAUACCAGUUCAAUACCAAUGUGGCAUUCAAUGAUGACGGUAUGCUGGUAGCCACAUAUCGCAAACACAAUCUGUAUUUUGAAUACGCUUUUGAUACCCCUCCAGAGCCUGACUAUGAAGUCUUUGAUACCCCUUUUGCUGGCAAGUUUGGUAUGUUCACUUGCUUUGAUAUACUCUUUUUCGAGCCUGCAGUGAACCUCAUCAGACGAUACAAUGUGAAACAAGUUGUAUAUCCGACUGCCUGGAUGAACCAGCUCCCACUCCUGUCUGCUGUAGAAUUUCAACAAGCUUUUGCAACAGCUUUCAAAGUCAAUAUUUUAGCAGCUAACAUCCACCACCCUACCUUGGGCAUGACAGGGAGUGGCAUAUACACUCCAGUUAAAUCGUUCAUCUACCACAACAUGGAAAGUUAUGGUGGCAAGCUCAUAGUAGCAGAAAUUCCUGUGAUUACCAUAGAUUAUGAAAACAAUUUGGAGAGUAAUAAAAGAUUCAGGGAGAACUUACAUCACUCAUGCAAGACUUUUACAAGCACCUCACUGGAUGAUCAAGUUUGCUUUAAAGAGGGAGAAGAGACCGCCGGCAGAGCAUCAGAAAAAGGAAAGGAACAGUUACCGCCCCUAUUUUAUGCAGAAAUGAUGUAUGACAACUUUACUUUAGUUCCUGUAUGGGGGCAGAAAGGAGAGCUCCAGGUUUGUGCCAAUACCCUUUGUUGUUACUUAAAUUAUCGCAGAGCUGUUUUAACCGAUGAAUUAUAUGCUUUGGGAGUUUUUGAUGGGCUCCAUACAGUGCAUGGCACAUACUAUGUCCAGGCCUGUGCGUUAGUAAAGUGUGGUGGUCUCAGCUUUAGCACUUGUGGACAGGAGGUUACAGAUGCCACUGCUCUGAUAGAUUUCCAGCUAUGGGGAAAUAUGAGUACCCCUUAUAUCUUUCCUUUACUGCUGACAUCUGGUAUUACCUUGGACUUUGCUGAUGACAUGGGCUGGAAAAACAACCACUAUUACAUAAGCAAAAAUAGAACAUCUUCUGGCCUACUGACAGCUGCUCUAUAUGGACGAUGGUAUGAAAAGGACUAGCACAGAUAUUUGACAGAAUCAGAAAACAACUUCUUGUAUGUUCAGAGUAUGUAUCUUAAUAUAAAUUGCCGAACAUCUGUACUUCCUAGAGCUUUAGGUGUGUUUGUUACAUGACUGACUGAUUAGAUUCCGCAUUUGAAAUGAUAAGUGAAGCACUUAACCUAAGGAGCUGUAAGUACAGUCUGUACCUGGGUAGCUUAUAUUCUACCAGAAGUAAAAGAACUGCCUCGCAAGGUAAAGGCUUGUUGUAAUGUGUUGAGAUGUUUUAUAUUGGGAAAAUAACGUUUCUCAUUGCAACCA